UUGAUAAAAUAGUUCUCCGCUUUCACAACAGACGGCAUCUGUACCACGUCGGCAACAUGGCAACAAAUACCAGAGACAGACAAGGUCUGUUGGAUGACACUGAAGACGUGGCUCUAGAAUUCGGCGCUGAGGAUGACCCGGUAUCCAGACGUAAAUUCAAGCACCCGCUCGUCUCGUUCUUCCAGCUCGCGUUUCGCACGGCCGCGAUCGUCGCCUACCUCUUCUGCGGCUGGUUCAGCAACAGCUUCGUUCUCAGCUUCGUCGUCAUCGUCGUGCUCCUCGCGCUCGACUUCUGGACGGUGAAGAACGUCAGCGGUCGUCUGCUCGCCGGCCUGCGCUGGUGGAACUACGUCGACGACGACGGCAAGAGCCACUGGGUGUACGAGGCGAGCAAGAACAAGAGCACGUCUAAGUACACGCUGGCCGAGUCGCGUCUCUUCUGGCUCUCGCUCGUCAUCUUCCCGAUCAUCUGGUGCGUGUUCUUCUUUAGCACCCUCGUGGGCCUCAAGUUCCAGUGGUUUAUGGUGGUGUGUGUGAGUCUCGUGCUGCAGGGGGCGAACCUGCACGGAUACAUUCGCUGCAAGGUCGGCGCGAAGCAGAAGCUGUCGUCUGUAGCUGCCAGCUUCCUCGGCCAGCAGGUGCUGAGAAACGUGGCGCGGGAGGCGGCGCGACAAUAA